AAUUUUUGCACCUCAUUCAUUUUCUCUCUCUUUCUCUACUUUCUCUUUCUUCUGAGCUCCUCUUACUUUCUCUCUCUUCCGAGCUCCUCUUUCUCUACUUUCUCUUUUUUCAAUGCUCAAAUUUCUACUUGAUUUGAAGAUUUUGCUUAAUUUCUUCUUCAAUGGCGUUAACAAGAGGCAGUGGAACAUUUAGGAGGAGAAGAGGCUUUCGUUCUUCUAAUGCAAAUUGCAAUAAUCAGCCAAUUCCUAGUAUAAUUUUGUUUCCGAGUUGAUUUCUACAUUUUUAAGCUGAUUAAUCGUUGUUUUUCUUCAAUUGAAGCUAUUUGCAUGAUUUUUUGUCUGGAUUUUGUUUCGUAUUUUCGAUUUUAUUUGGCAAUUUUAUCAAAAAAAAAAUUUCCUGUGAUUUUGUUCGUUUCUUGUGCGAUUUUGCGUGUUUUGUUCGAUUUUCAGUGUGAAUUUGCGACUUUUGCUCAUCAAUUUUUUCGACUUUUUUUCAUCAAUUUUGUUCGAUUAUGUUUGAUUUUGCGAUUUCCUGUUUAAUUUUUUUAAAUUUCUCUUGCUUCGAGGUUGAUAAUGGAGGUCCGACGACGUUCAGCGGCGAAGAUGCGGCGGAGAUGGUGACGGAGCUCCGGCGGAAUUUCGUGAUCUUAUCAUUAAUAUGCUAUAAUUUGUCUGCGAUCUCUGUGAUUCAAGUAUUUUUGUUCCAGAAUCUAUUAUUUAGUUGAAGAACAUUACUUGCCAGAAGAUUGAUCCGUAUGGAGUAUUGGUGCCUUGGUUUCUCUGAGGUGAAAGACUUGAUUUAGAAGGAAUGGGAUGUGCAGAUUCAAGGGCGGCCCCAUCAAUAACUGAAAGCCCCAAGUACAAUUUGAGAGGAAGGAGGAGAGAGAGGAGACAACCGUCGUAAAUCCGCCGUCACAGUAGAGCAGUGAAUGUCUGAAUCCGUGUUCAAUUGAGGAAUUGGACCCCCGAUUUUUUUUUUUUUGGAUUACAUAAAGUUUCUAUGUUGAAGACAUGGCUACUGUAAUUUCUGGAAAGAGAACAGUAAAUCCAUCAACGCCGCUUGAACUUCAAUUUGGUGGAGCUUUUACCCUAGAUGUUUCUGAUGACGAUGAGUUGGAUGAAAUAAUAGAAUCCCAAAAGUCUCCCUCAGAAGAACAACUAAAGAAAGAGAGAAUGCGGAAUUCAAUAGAGUCGAUAGCGGAUGAUAAUAGUGUUUGGCAACAUCCUAAGCAUACUAGAUCUGAACCAGUGAUUGAGGUUCUUUCUGUGAGGCUCCGCAACCAUAACCAAACCGACUACACUUCAGAAUCAUGGGAGCUCUAUGGUACUAUUUAUGUCCAUGAUUCUAUGGGCCGUGUGGGUAUAGGCAGUAAUCGUGUUGUAUUAUUUGAACGAGAGGAGGAAAUUGAUGACCCGGAGAUCAUCCCUUUAACUGGCGGUGCUUUAAGCCUAUUUGGGCCUAAUCGUGUGAUGUCAAUGGAUAAACCAGUUAUUGGCAUACAUCUUUCAGACAAGGUUACAGGCGAUACCCUCAUUUUUAACUAUGCUCCUUUGCUCAUGACUACUGAUACACCUCAACUACAUCAUCAGUUCGAACAAUUCCACAAAAUUACUGUUCCCGGUGCUCCCUGUAGUGCUGAGGUGGAGUACCUUGCACUUACAUUUGCUGUUUAUGCCCAUGUUGAGGUCCAACUCUUAAAACAAGUUGCGGGAAGUGUGAUCUAUGAAGAAGACGAACAAGAUCUUGAUAUUUAUGGCACAAUUUCUGCUGCAUAUAAUCUUUAUGAUUCCGAACACAAGAUUAAUUGCUUUACUCUUUUUGAUAUCAACAAGGAUUCAGAUAAGACUGAAAAGGUGAACCUUAUAUAUCCUACUAAUGGAAUCACCCUGUCCAGAUCCGUGGUUGCUGUGCCCUCAUAUUCACUUCUCACAAUUCAAUUAAAAUUAUGGGAUCGUGCUAAGAACGAGUUAAUUGUAGAGGGCAGCUAUGACUUUCUAACUUCUAACUAUUCAAGGGAUAAGAUCAUUGUUGGUCGAAAUUGUGUGAAUGCUAAAGUGACUAUUAUUUGGAGGGAACCAUUUCUUCUAGAUGAGCCAUGUGUCAAAUCUCAUGGAUAUCUGAACAGGAGACGCUUCCAUUUGCUGCCCAACGCACCAAAUAUCUCAGUAUAUCCUGUAGUAGAGGUGUUUUCUGUUUUUAUAGGUCGCCAAAAUGAUGAGCAGUUGAGUCUCUAUGGCAUGGUUAACUUUGACGGCACCUUUGGUCUACUUAAUCUCUUUGAAAGAGACAAGACUGAUCCCUUUAUUUUGUCCUCUGGCUGCAAUUUCUUACCUCUGAAAGGUCCCAAAAAAGCUCUAGUACCAGCGGAUAGUUUUUUUGUGUCAGUAGACCUCCAGGAUGUUGAAGGUCGUGUGUCGAUCAAAGGGAUAGCUCGACCAAAGCAUAUACCUUGUGAUCCUUUGUAUCAUUGGGAAGAUUGCCUGCUGUGUUCUGUUAUUGGGCAUGGACAAAAGAAUAGCUUUGCGGCUAUUCAUUACACAGUCUUCUCUCAUGCACUGAAGGCUACGCUAAAAAUCCGUUUCCUUUUCAAUGGUGAACAGUCUGUUGAUGCUCAUUGCAAAAUUUAUGGGAAUCUUGUUGCUUGCUACAGUAAAUAUGGGAGUAGAACGCCUUAUGAGAAAUUAUAUCAUCGGAUUUUGCUUUUUGAGAGGCCCGAAGACAAUUCGUUAGAAGUACCAUGUAAGGAAUUUGACAUGGAGCUUUCAAGACCUGUGGUUGCUGUUCCCAUAGAUUCGUCUUUGCGUAUUGCUGUAAAUUUAAGUUGUCAAUCAAGUGGUUUUACUCAACUGUUAAGGGGCACAAGGGAAUUUCAAGUUGUUAAUGGUGUUGGUAAUAGUGUGACCAUUGAAGGAGAUCAAAUUGGCAUCAAUAUCACUGUUGAAUGGAGUCAAGCAUGAGCUGGUGUACUUAAUUUGUUCAUAGCGCAGCUGUUCUUUUUCUUUCAUCUUGGGACUUUACAUUGUACAGCUAAGGGUAUUAUACUGUAUUUACUAAUUUUUAUACGUAUGAAUUUCCCAGCUGCUGCAUUCAA